AUGUCGGUCAGCUCGGGUCAAUCGCUCCAGCUGGCCGACUACCUGGAGAAGCUGCCAGGCACCACGUUCAGGAGACUGUAUCUGCAGCCUUCGACGGCCUUUGCCAUAUUCCGGAGGAUGAUACCGCCGCUGGCCAAAACGAUAGUCAUGGCCAUCCUCUACAUGCCGAAGCCGAUGCCCCUCGAGGACCUCGACCUCUGGGUGAAACCAGAAGCGCGACGGCAAAAAGACAUGGCCCUCUCGACCAUCAAGAGCCUGCACAUCGUCCACAUCACGGCCCCCUCCAAGGAACGCCCGCAGGAGAUGCAGCUCACGACGAACUUCAAGACCUCCCUCCGCCUCGCCCUCGAGGGCGGCGGCUCCCACAACUCCUUCGGCGUCCCCUCCAACCUCCCCGUCCCGCCCGAGAUCACCGUCCCCUUCCUCGACCGCUACGCCCGCCGCAAGUGGGACGACAUCCUCCACUACAUUGUCAACACCGUCAACCCCGGCUCGGCCGAUCUGGGCGGGCCUAAGUCGUCCGUCAAGAACCUGCUCGUCGCCGGCCAGCUCGUCCGCCGCAACGGCUCCGCCGUCUCCAUCACACAGGCCGGCUUCACCUUCCUCCUGCAGGAGGCCAACGCCCAGGUCUGGACCCUGCUGCUGCUCUGGCUCGAGGCCACCGACCACGCCCAGGACUCCGCCGGCAUGGAGAGCACCGACAUGCUGAGCUUCCUGUUCCUCCUCGCUAGUCUCGAGCUGGGACGCGCCUACGACACGGACGCCCUGACCGAGGAGCGGCGCAACAUGCUGCCAAGCCUGAUGGACUUCGGACUCAUCUACAUCCCCGGCCACAAGCCGAGCCAAUACUUCCCGACGCGCCUCGCGACGACGCUGACGAGCAGCUCUAGUGCGCUGCGCAGCGCGAGCGCAGGCUUCUCGGCGGCUCUCGCGGCAGCCUCCGGCCCGCGUCCUUCGAACGGCAUCACGCCCGGCGGCAGCGACGACGCCAAGGGCGGCAGCAUCAUCGUGGAGACGAAUUACCGCGUGUACGCCUACGGCCAGACGCCGCUGCAGAUUGCCGUCCUCUCGCUCUUCUGCAAGCUCAAGCUGCGGUUCUCCGACAUGGUCAGUGGCCGCUUGACGCGCAACUCGAUCCGCAACGCGGUCGAGCGCGGCAUCACCGCCGACCAGAUCAUCUCGUACCUGGCGAACCACGCCCACGAACAGAUGCACCGCAUGGCCGCGGUCCGCAGCCGGCCCGUGCUUCCCCCGACGGUGGUCGACCAGAUCCGACUGUGGCAGCUGGAGACGGAGCGUAUGACGACGACGAGCGGGUUUCUGUUUCGCGAUUUCGACAGUCCUAAGGAGUAUGAGGAUAUCGCGGGCUACGCGGCCGAGAUCGGGGUGUUGGUGUGGCGCAACGACAAGCUGGGCAUGUUCUUCGCUAGCAAGCACGAGCAAAUUAGGGAUUAUCUCAAGCUGAGGAAGAAAGCGGAGGACUAG